AGUAGUUGUCAGAUUUUAAGAAAAGUCCAUUUAUACACAAAUCAUCCCCCAUAAAAUGUUAUUUUACCAAUAUAAUUUGCCACCAUGUCAGACUCUAAUUUAAACGACUGUGUAAGCGACACUGAAAGUUCCGAGGAGGAUAUCGAACCAAAAUUAAAAUACGUGCGCCUCUCGAACGAUUUACAAAGUAUCUUGUUGAAAACAUCGGCGACAUGCAUAGCCGUACACUCCAAGUUUAUUUGUUUGGGGUCGCACUGGGGCGCCAUUCACAUCCUCGACCACCAAGGUAACAGCAUAGAAGGCGUAGAUUUGCGCUCACACACCGUCUCAAUCAACCAAAUAUCCAUAGACUUCAGUGGCGAGUUCAUAGCCACCUGUUCGGAUGAUGGAAAAGUGUUCAUACAUGAGCUGUUUUCAAAAGAACAUAACGUAGCGUUAAACUUAGGUCGACUGGUCAAAACGGUCGCUCUCGAUCCGAAUUAUUUUAAGCACAGUUCAAACAGAAGGUUCAUAACUGGCGACGACAAACUCACGUUGUACGAGAGAUCGUUCUUGGGGAGUUUGAGGCCGACCGUUUUGUGUGAGAGCGAGGGGCUGGUGAGGAGUUUGGCAUGGGGGGAGAAUUUCCUCGCCUGGUCCAGCAACAUCGGCGUUCGAGUCUACGACAUGACUGCCAGAUGUUCGCUGGGAUUAAUUAAAUGGGACGACAAUUCCGGUUUGCCGUUGGAUAAGUUCCGGUGCAAUUUGCGUUGGGCGGAUUCGAGAACGCUUCUGAUUGGCUGGGUGGAUACUGUGAGGGUGUGCGUUAUUAGGAAAAGGAGCAAUGUUGAAUUGGCGAAUAGAGAUCUACCUGAAUAUCUUGUGGAUCCAGUUUCUACGUUUCAAACGGAGUUCUAUAUUAGCGGUAUUGCUCCUCUGGACCAUCAGUUAGUCUUGUUGGGUUUCCCAAAGGAGUUGGAUGAAAAUCAAAAGUCGUUGAGGCCGCAAUUGUACAUCGUCGAAUACAGAGACAACGAUUACACUGAUAUUUGUACAGAUUCGUUGUCGUUGAGAGGUUACGAGGAGUACAGCGUAAACGAUUAUCAUUUGGAUGUACUUGUGGAGGAGAAUCGUUUUUUUAUAGUAGCACCUAAGGACGUCGUCAUUGCCAGUCCUUAUGACUUAGAUGACAGGAUUCAGUGGUUCAUACAACACAAUAAAUAUGAGGAGGCGUUGGACAUUUUUGUCCACAACGACUCAAAGGACAUACACAGAUACACUGUACAAUCUGUAGGCGUAGAUUUUCUCGAUCACUUGCUUAGUAGGGGCAUGUACGACAACGCUGGACGCCUGGGACUGAAAAUUUUCGGCAAGAAUCCCUCAUUGUGGGAGGAUCAAAUCUAUAAAUUCGCUAGCGUUCAUCAAUUAAGGGCAGUCAGUCCGUACAUUCCAAGAACUGUUGAGUCGAAAUUAAACCCACAUAUUUAUGAAAUGAUUUUAUAUGAGUACUUGAAACUUGAUUGUAAAGGUUUCUUGCACUUGGUGAAGGAGUGGAGUCCUUCUUUGUACAAUAUUUGUGCUGUUAUUAACGCCUUAUUGGAACAUUUAAUGCACUGCGACACGAACAAUGUUGUUUAUUUAGAGGCGCUAGCCAUUUUAUACAGUUACGAAAAACGUUACGACAAAAGUCUCUCCAUGUACUUAAAGUUGAAGCACAAGGAUGUUUUUACGUUGAUCCAGAAGCAUAAACUUUACAGUGUGAUACAAGACAUGUUGACUGAACUCAUGGAUCUUGAUUACAAAAAGGCAAUAGCUUUGUUGUUGGAGAAAGAUACAAUUUCCACCGACACAAUCGUAGAAAAGCUCAAGCACAAUCAACUACAUUUGUACAGAUUUUUGGACGCAUACGAUAGAAAAAACGUCAAAGGGAAAUAUCACAAAGAACUGGUACGUUUGUACGCUAUUUUCGACCGCGAGAAACUCUUACCCUUUUUAAAAAAGUCCAACUACUAUCCAAUCCAAGAAGCCCUAGAUAUUUGCAUGAAAGAAAAGUACUAUCCUGAAAUGGUGUACCUUUUGGGCCGUAUCGGCGACACGAAAGAAGCCCUGGAUCUGAUCAUAAACGAAUUGAAAGACAUGCAACACGCCAUCUCAUUUUGUCAAGAGCACGACGAUCCUGACCUGUGGGACGAUUUGAUCAACCAUUGCCUCGAUAAACCGGAAUUUAUAACGUUUUUACUCAAAAGCAUCGGGACGUAUGUGGAUCCGACCGUUCUGGUCGAAAAAAUCGGACAAGGGAUGGAAAUCCCAGGCCUGAAAAGCUCCUUGGUAACGAUGCUCAAUCAGUACAACCUCCAGGUUUCCGUCCAAGAUGGCUGCAAGAAAAUCCUGGUGGCUGACUAUUUUAAUUUGCAGAAGAAGCUGGUGCACACGCAACAGAAAGGUCUGUGUGUGAAUGAGGAGUUGGUGUGCGGUGCCUGUCACCGACAACUCAUCGAAAAAGAUCCGUCAAGACUGAAAGAUGUGCAGGUUUUCAACUGCAGACACGCGUUCCACCAGGGAUGCUUACCAGAGAACACGCUGGUUUGUGGGAUCUGUCAUCCGCUCGUUCAGGAUUAAAUUUUGUUUUUAAAAAGUGUAAAUAAAAGAGCCUUACUGGACACCACCAGAAGUGAUUUGUCUUUAUAGCUUGUAUGUUUGUGUUUAUUAUCAACAAUUAAUGUAAAUACGAAGCGUAAAGUGAUAAUAUAUGUUGAUUUUAUUUUUUGUUACCGCUACUAAUAAGUAAACGUCCCAAAAAUUUAA